UCCCUUCCAGCACUGAGGAUGGAGGAGGGAGAAAGGAGCCCCUUGCUAUCCCAGGACACUGCAGGCCAGACGCUGCCCCUCUCCAUGAACGGUUCAUCCACCUCAAGCUGUCCAGAUCCAGCACCCCAGGAGGACCAGGCAAAGGCCUGGGGCUGUGGCUGCUGUCCUCCUGGAGCCAAGUGUCAGGCCACCAUGGGUGGCCCUUGGGGAGGCCCAGCUCCUUCCCUCCCCUCAGGGAGCAGCUGCAUCAAGUAUCUGAUCUUCCUCUCCAACUUCCUCUUCUCCCUGCUGGCCCUUCUGGCCCUGGCGAUUGGGCUCUGGGGCCUGGCUGUCAAGGGAUCUCUGGGAAGUGACUGGGGGGCACCUCUACCUGUAGACCCCAUGUUGGGGCUGACACUCGGGGGGCUGGCAGUUAGUGCAGUGAGCCUAGCUGGCUGCCUGGGUGCCCUCUGUGAGAACACCUGCCUACUGCAUGGCUUCUCUGGGGGCAUUCUUGCCUUCCUGGUACUUGAAGCUGUAGCAGGAGCCCUGGUGGUGGCCCUCUGGGGCCCACUGCAGGACAGCCUGGAGCACACCCUGCGUGUGGCCAUCACCCACUACCAGGACGAACCGGACCUGCGUUUCCUCCUUGACCAAGUCCAGCUCGGGCUACGAUGCUGUGGGGUGGUGUCCUAUCAGGACUGGCAGCAGAACCUGUACUUCAACUGUAGCUCUCCUGGUGUGCAGGCCUGCAGCCUUCCUGCCUCCUGCUGCAUCGACCCCCGGGAAGAUGGAGCCUCUGUCAAUGACCAGUGCGGCUUUGGGGCCUUGGGCCUGGAUGUGGACGCAGCUCAGAGAGUGGUGUACCUGGAGGGCUGCGGUCCCCCACUCCGACGGUGGCUGCAUGGGAAUAUCUCGGCCGUGGGCGUCUAUGUGAUCUUGGUCGUGGUGGUGCAGGGGGUGGAGCUCCUGCUGGCUGCCCAGCUGGUUAGGGCCCUAGUCGCGCGCAAGGACUCAGUGGAGGACCCUGGAGCGGACGGGGAGAGUGGUGCCCUCCCCCGGAUCCCCGAACCGGACGCUCGGACCUCUGCUAAACUCAUUCAGGGCUGA